AUGGUGGUUCCUUCAAAUGAUUUUAGUGCCGCAAGUACAAUAGAGCGCUACCGGAAGAGUAUCAAGAAUCUCCGUCCAAGCAAACGAAUGGAUGUAGAACAUUUACAGUCAGAAACUGAUCUGCAUACUCCGCAUUUUGAAGAAGAGGUUGCAAACCUGAGGAAAAAAAUUGAGCUUCUUGAAGAAACUAAACGCAGAAAGUUCUUGGGAGAUGGUUUGGAUUCCUCCUCUAUUGAUGAGUUGGAACAAAUAGAACAUCAGUUGGAGAAAAGUUUAAGCAUCAUUAGGUCAAGAAAGAUCCUAUUCUCUUGCGAGCAAAUAAAUCAGCUGAAAGAAGAGGAGAAAAUUCUUAGGAGGGAAAAUGCGGAAUUACGGGAAAAGUACGAAGAGCGACAGUUGGAACUAUCGAUUGGUCAACAAUUCUUAUCACUAGAACAAGGAAAAGAGGUAGAAACGCAGCUGUUUAUCGGACUUCCUGAUAGUUAAAAUUGUCAAAAAAAAGAAAAAAGAAAAAAUAAACAAUAUAUCAAUCUACGUGACUUUGUAUAAUUUGUUUUCUUUACUUCUUUUGUAUAGAUCCAACUUUCAGGUAUUUUUAGGGGCAUAUAUAAUGCUUGGAUAAUGAGAAGUAGGAAGUAUCUAAUAUCGGAAAAAACAAAGUUGUGUAUGGCUGCGUCCUUUUGUAUUAUUAAAUCCUAUUGGCCUACUGCCUUAUUA